AUGAAUAAUUUACUAUUAUUGUCAAGAGAUAGUAAUGCCCUUUAUUUAACAGGACAAACUUAUUCUCUGAGACUCUCCUGCGAGAAACCAACGGAAUACUCUCUAUUAAAGAGUUCGAUCUCGCUAGAAUUUCAUGACCUCAGACUAAGGAACAGCGAAGAGACUCAAAUUCAGCAAUGGAUGAAUGACAACAAUGGACAGAGGAUGCUUGAGAUGGUUGCUGUGUCAUGCAGUGGUGUAUCAAAUAUACAGCAUCAUGAUGACUUCAUUAACUUUGCUAGUUUUGUGUGGGCCUCGCAUGAAGAAUCAGUAGUAUCAUUUAAGAUUAAUGCAUUAAGUAGUGAGUUCACUGCCAAGAAACACGGAGGAGAGAAAGGAGUCCCAUUUAGGCUAGUACUGAACACGUAUUCUAUACCAAGUAUUGAAGACACAGGAGGAACACACAUCUCAAAGUGUUUCUGUCUUGUUAAAGUUUUUAAGGAUAAAGGAGCUGACAGGAAGCAUAAACAUGAUUUACAGAAAAGAGAGAAGCUACAAUCAGAUGAAGCAGCUAAAUAUUGGGAGAGCUCUUCAGUCACUAAACUACAGCCGGUGCCAUUGUCAGCCAAGAGCUCAGAGCAACAGUUGCCAUUACAAGCCAGUUAUUACAGUCCAACUCUUCAGUCUUCUCAAUCUCCGUCUAAUGCUACGCCGUCUACUUAUUCACUUCCACCUGCACCUGAAUUUAAUAGCCCGCCAUUGUUCCUCAACUAG